UUACGGAAUAUAAAAUAGUAACAAUAGAAACUCUUCAAAAAGUUUCUGUGCAACAUUACACAGUACAACACUACAAAUAAAAAGAGUAGAAAGAAAUUUUACUCUUUAAAUUAAUACAGCCUACCGGAUUCACAAAAAAAGAAAUACAAAGAAUAGACACUAGACAACAAAGGAAAGUGUGUACAACACUACAAAUAUCUUGCGUCUAUGGCGUCUUCUGACGCCAAGGCGACGCCUAAUGAGUCAUGGCGUGUCGAGCUUCCAUGGUGACCUUCUCUGAGCGCCGCGACGCCAAGGCGAUGAUAGGGCCCUGGGCUGUAGAAAAUAAUAAUAGUAGUUGUAGUUUGAUAUUAAAUAAGUGUAGUAUUGAUUAAAUAAGAAUCUUGGGCCAUGUCUUAAAAUGCGGGGGUCGCUGUAGCAGCGUAAAGCCUGUUCGUAAGGUAAUGAAGGUUGAUUUACUGAUGUUUACAGGGGAUGAUGCGGAUAGUUGGAUUGUUAAGAUGGAAGAGUAUUUCCGUCUCAAGGCUACUGCUGAAAAAAAUAAAGUGGUAGUAGCAGAAGGUGCUAUGGAGGAAAGAGCCUUAGCCUGGUUUCCAUGGUGGUAUACUCAAACGAGAGAGAAGAGUUGGAAGAUUCUGAAGGAAGCCAUAAAUAGGCGUUUCCAACAACACAGCCGGAAGACAGAAAAACAGGAUUCGGGAUUUCCAAUAUUUGCUUUAAGUUCGAAAUCUUUGUCGCAAACUGCUUUUAACAGUUUAUCAUCGAGAACUAUUUCUCCGCAGAUGUCAUCUCCAUCGCAAACAGCUUCUAUAAGUUCGCAGGUCUGCUCGCUAAAAUUUUCUCCCAGUUCGCAGAUUUCAGCCCAAUCAGCGUUUCCUAUGGCACAAGUUUCGUCGUACCUAAAGGAAUCACCUGAGGAUACAUUCAUCAAAGGUGAUGGGGAACAAGAGAACAAAACUUCUGUGGUGAAUCAGUCCAUUGCCAUGGAAUAUGAAUCUGUCGUUGCUAAAAUGGUUGGUUCAAAUACUUGGGAAAGCUCUACCAGGACUGUUUGUAUAAAGGAGACUGAGGAAAUAGAAGAGAAUGAAUCCAACUCUGAGAACAAGGAGGACAAAAUUGAAAUGCAAAACCAAAAUAAUUCUUCUGCAGGGUUUGAUAGUUUGAGCUAUGAUCAAGGUUCUUAUUCUGAACAUCUGAAAGUUGCUGACAACUGUGUGUAACCUACAACUGUAUUGCGGAAACCGGAGCAGGUUGUUUCUGGAGUUCCUAAUGGUGAAGGUUCUAAGGUUGUUUCUGCAGGGCUUGAUAGUUUGGUGACCGAUGCCAGCUCACUUUCAAAGCCUACUGUGCUUGAAGGGACAGUUGCUGAAGCUACAGAGGACCCAUCUGCAAGAAUUAAAGCAACGACACCAAUAAGAAAACUGUUUUCGAUUGAACGCAGCCCUCCAAGUGAUAAGUUUCGUGAGCAGGCUACUUGGGCUUUAGGAAAGCUUUCUUGUGAUGAUCCAGGUUGUAGCGAUCAAGGUCUUGGUCAUGGUGCAAUCCUACCAUUGCUAGUUCCGUCAUAUGAGCAUUCAGAGCUUUUUAUGUUGACCAAUUCUAUAGGGAUUUUAUCAAACUCAUGGCGAUGCAGGACACCAACUCCAUUUACCCUUUUUAAAGGUGUAUUGCCAGUUUAUCAGCCAUUUGUCCAUAUGAAAGAAGAAGAAGUAUGGACUCAAGUUUGCUGGACAAAACCUAAUAUCACUGCUGGGAGUAGAAAUAUUAUCAAUGCAAUUAGUGCGGCAUCUAUCACUAUUCCUUUAGUACACCUCCUUCAUAAAGAAGUUGACAGCAAGGAAGAAGCUGCAGGGGCGAUAUCUUGUUAUGAAGAACCUGCAGGCUCUCAUAAUCAGAAUAUGUGCUUGAUAAGUAGCGGCUGCAUUAAGAUGCUCUCUGAUCACUUGUUAUGUCAAGAUCCAAGAAUUGUUACUGCAUACCUUGAAGGGCUGGAGAACAUUCUGAAAAUAGGCAAAGGGGACAAAGAAGUUGGGUUGAAUAGUGGGGUCAAGUUAGGUGUGCAUAUGGUUGACUAUUAUGAAGGACUAGACAAGACUGCUAAAUUCCAGAUUCGAGACAACAAUGAGCUCUAUGGAAAGGCUGAGAAGACCAUAGAGAAUUGCUGGUCUGAGAAAGUAAGGAUUAAGGGUUAAGUGCUGAAAAUAGGGAUACAAAAAUCAACAAUAUAUUGGGAAGGAAGAGGCUCCAGGAUGAAGAGGAAGUUCAAGAUCAAGAAGAUCAAGGCUGUGUCAUAUCACCCACCUUGAGGACAAGGUGGUUUUUCAAGGGGGAGAUAUGAUAGGGCCCUGGGCUGUAGAAAAUAAUAAUAGUAGUUGUAGUUUGAUAUUAAAUAAGUGUAGUAUUGAUUAAAUAAGAAUCUUGGGCCAUGUCUUAAAAUGUGGGCUGGCCCGUUAGGAGAUUAUAACUAUAAGAAUGAGAAGGGAAGAAGAGGGUCGUUAGGCAGAUUUUAGAAUUGGGAAUUCGGUUCUGGAGAGUAGAGGCCUCUCGAAGUGCCCUGUCUUGUAUCGUCUUCAUCGUCGUGUCUGCCUUUUGAGCUCAAUUAUAUUGAUCGAUCUAUUGUUACUAAAUCUGUGUACCUAUCAGGCGAUGACUAAGUGAUGAUGUAACAAUGUUGUAAUAACUAUGACAGGGGGCCCACCCCCAAGAAAAAGUUUGUGAUGUAUAUACAUUAGUAUAAGCAGUUAUAGGCACUACAAAAUAUAGUGAAAUUUUAAGCUUUGUCCCAUCCAAUACAAAUUUUGAAGCCCCAACCCCCUUAACCUGCCAUUUCUGGUUCUGCCACUGCCGGCUCAAGGUCUGCCUUGGCAUUUUUUCCUAUUUACGAUGGGAGGCAUAUCCCAUUUUAAGCAAUAUAAAACCUGCACAGUUGUACCUGAGGAUAUGAUUACGCCUAUUGCGUAUGCAACAAGGCGUUUACUGAGGCGCGCCUUAUGGUGAAGGAGGAAGGUCCUGUAGACAAUUUGUUUUUCUCCAGGGGUUGACAAGAAGUUGGGCCCACUCCUGAAAGCUGCUGUAGCUAAUAAGAAUGACACCAUGGAGAAUAAUCCCAAAAUGCUUGAAGGUCUCGACUCCUUCACAGUUCAGGCUGAUUAAUCUCUCACUCCUGAAGCCCGUUGCAAACAUUGGCACUUGAAUAAUAUAUUUAAGUUGGCGUUUUGAAUUAUCAGUGGCCCAAAUUUGAACCAUAAUAUUUAUUCCAUCGUGAAUCAGUUUUGACUUUUGAGAAGUUUAAGAUCCCAAGUUUAUCUACUUAAAAAUUACCAUUCUUUGAAAUAUGUCAGUUCAUGCUAGAUUCAUAUCUUACAGUUUAUUUGUUUGUUUGGAAAAAAUGUCGGUCUUUUCUGGGAUAUGGUUUAACGGUUGUAUUUAGAUAUGGA